ACAGCUAUGAGGGUCUGGCAAUAUAUUGACCUGUACCUAUCUAUAAACAUGAUACUGAACUCCUCAUCUCUGAGCCUAGCAUUGACCUACUCCUCUUCCUCAUCUUCCUCCUCUGCCUCGUCCUCUUCCUCGUCCUGUCGUCUGCGGGAGCAGUUCAGUCUGAAUGGGAUGUACCAGAAGGGUGACGUGGUUCUGGGUGGUCUGUUUGAGGUCCACUACUUCACUGUGUUCCCUGAGCUAUCCUUCACAUCAGAACCACAGCAGCUCCACUGUGAGGGUUUUGCCCGUUUUGGUUUCAUGCAGGCCCAGACUAUGGCGUUUGCUGUAGACGAGAUCAACAGAAACCCUGACCUUCUGCCCAACAUCACCCUCGGAUAUCAGCUCUACGACAACUGCCAGACCCUGGGAGUAUCGUUCCGUGCUGCCAUGUCAUUGGCCAGUGGGACAGAGGAAGAGUUCCUAUUGGAUGAGACUUGUUCUGGGUCACCCCCGGUGCUAGGGAUUGUGGGAGACCCAGGGUCCACUCACUCCAUCGCCAUCUCCAGUGUCCUAGGGCUGUUCCGGGUACCCAUGGUGAGUCACUACGCCACAUGUUCCUGUCUGAGCGACCGGAGCAAGUACCCAUCCUUCUUCAGAACCAUCCCCAGCGAUGCCUUUCAGGUGCGAGCCAUGAUCCAGAUCCUACGUCGGUUGGGCUGGACCUGGGUGGGCCUGGUGUUCAGUGAUGAUGACUAUGGAGUUCACGCUGCCCGGUCCUUCCACUCAGACCUGGCCCAGACAGGGGGCUGUGUGGCAUAUUCCCAGGUGCUGCCCAGGGACAACCGCCCCACAGAGCUGCAGAGGAUCGUGGGAGAGAUCAAGCGCUCCUCUGCUCGCGUGGUGGUGGUGUUUUCCAACGAGGCCUACCUGCUCCCUCUAGUGGACGAGGUGGUCGUGCAGAAUGUGAUGGGUCUCCAGUGGAUCGCCAGUGAAGCCUGGACCACCUCCUCAGUGUUAAACACCCCCCGUCUCAUGCCCUACCUGGGGGGUACCCUGGGUAUCGCUAUCCGUCGUGGAGAGAUACCCGGCCUCAGGGACUACCUGCUUAGCAUCCACCCCGACGACCAACCUGCCAGUAACCAUGGAAACAGCAUGGUGAGACAGUUCUGGGAGGCUGUGUUUGAGUGCAGGUUGGAGCCCCCGGCAGGGUGGGUGGAGGCUGGGGGUAGUGUGUGUACAGGACAGGAGGACCUGAGGGAUGUGGAGACCAACUAUGGGGACGUGUCUGAGCUCAGGCCGGAGUAUAACGUGUAUAAGGCAGUGUACGCCCUGGCCCAUGCCCUGCAUGACCUACUGCAGUGUGUGCCAGGGAGAGGACCUUUCAGUGGGCACCGCUGUGCCAGCCUACAGAGACUGGAGCCCUGGCAGCUGGUCCAUUACCUGGAGAGGGUUAAUUUCACCACAGGGUUUGGCGAUCGCAUUUCUUUCGAUGACAACGGGGACGCCCUGGCCAUCUAUGACAUCAUGAACUGGGUGUGGCUCCAGGACGGGAGCGUGCAGGUGGAGAAUGUGGGUGUGGUCGACGAAUCAGCACCCGCAGGACAAGAGCUCACACUGGACGAGGACAGAAUUUUCUGGAACUUUGAGUCAAAAAAGCCCCCUCGAUCAGUGUGCAGUGAGAGCUGUCCCCCAGGCACCCGUGUAGCCAGGAGGAAGGGGGAGCCUGUCUGCUGCUUCGACUGCAUCCCCUGUGCUGAGGGGGAGGUCAGCAACACCACAGACUCGGCCGAGUGCUCGAGGUGUCCAGAGGACUUCUGGUCCAGCCCGGGGCGUGACCUCUGCAUCCCUAAAGGGGUUGAGUUCCUCUCCUACCAGGAACCCCUGGGCAUCUCCUUGACAACCGCCUCAUUGCUAGGAGCCCUCAUCUGUACAGUGGUCCUUGGAAUCUUCGCUGCACGGAACACGCCUGUUGUCAAGGCCAAUAACUCUGAGCUAAGCUUCCUGCUUCUGCUGUCACUCAAACUCUGCUUCCUGUGCUCGCUGCUGUUCAUUGGUCGGCCCCGGCUGUGGACGUGCCAGCUGAGGCAUGCAGCGUUUGGUAUCAGCUUUGUUCUCUGUGUCUCCUGUAUACUGGUGAAGACCAUGGUGGUGCUGGCUGUGUUCAGGACCUCUAAGCCCGGGGGCGAGGCCAGCCUGAAGUGGUUUGGUGCUGGGCAGCAGAGAGGAACAGUUCUGGUUCUCACCUCAUUCCAGGCCGCUAUCUGCACAGCCUGGCUGGUCUCAGCCUCUCCAACUCCACACAAAAACACGCGCUACCAAAAAGAUAAGAUUGUAUAUGAGUGUGUGGUGGGGUCGGUUGCAGGGUUCGGAGCGUUGCUAGGCUACAUCGGCCUACUGGCGAUCCUCAGCUUCCUCUUGGCUUUUCUGGCCAGGAAUCUUCCAGACAACUUCAACGAGGCCAAGUUCAUCACCUUCAGCAUGCUGAUCUUCUGUGCCGUGUGGAUCUCCUUCGUCCCAGCCUACGUCAGCUCUCCUGGGAAGUACGCAGACGCUGUGGAGAUAUUCGCCAUCUUAGCUUCCAGCUUUGGCCUCCUGGUAGCACUGUUCGGCCCAAAGUGUUACAUCAUCCUGCUGAGGCCUGAGAGGAACACCAAGAAGUCUCUAAUGGGCCGGGCCACAACCAAGACAUAGGGAGAAUCUUCAUUUAAUUUCCUUGAUUCCUUGCGUCCUCUUUCCUUGCCUUCUUCUCAAAACCUGAGAAGGUCAGAGGAGGUUGGAUAACUAACCUUCUCAUCGAAUGGGUUUUGAGAAGGAGACCGAGGAGAGAGGACGCGAGGAAUCACAGAAAUUAAAUGGAGUUUCUCCCAUAGGUUCAAUACCAUACCAAUAGUCUACAGCGGAUUCCUCUCCUUGACUCCUUUAUAUCCUCUGCACUGAUCUGAAAUAUGAACACUAGGUGGAAGUACUAUGCCUGCUAGGGAUCUGCUUGUCACUCUUUCAAUACAAAUAAAGGAAAGGAGAUAAGAUAAAGGAAAGGAGACAAGAUAAAGGAAAGGAGACAAGAUAAAGGAAAGGAGACAAGAUAAAGGAAAGGAGAAAGUAUAGUAACAGAGGAUGAUGGUCUCAAAUAGCUCAUUUUAGUUGCCAUGGCAACAAAAAUAUGUUGUGGUUUUGUUAGUACCCUAGUGAUGUGUAGUAGCCUGCUAUCGAUUAUAAUUAUGAUGUUCUGUGAUUAAAUAUGAAUCAGAUAAUACAUGAUUUAUCUCUUUGGGCUUUUGAUUGAUUUCAUCUGUCUAUGUUUGUGGCUUUAAUCUUCUAGGGGAUAGGUUAUCUCUGAUGAGUGGUUUUCUGCAUAUAAAGGCUUUUGAUUGAAUCAUCACAACGUGUGUCAUAAAACAGCAUAACAUCCCUGUUCCUUCUAAAGGAUUCUGCUCCCA